AUGGACAAACUCGAACGCUUCCUCUCGCGCCCAACCGCAAAACCCUACCGCUCCAAGUCCCUCUCAACCACAACUCCCUACCUCAAUGCUCAAGGCCAGGUCGAUUUCUCACCAGACGACAUCGAGAAUCCCAAAAACUGGUCCGCACGACGCAGAUGGUACAUAACCGUAAUCUCCAUCCUCCUCGUCAUGAAUGCAACGUUCGCCUCCUCCUCUCCCAGUGGGGCCCUCAACAGCAUCGCCACCCACUUCUCCGUCUCCGUCGAAGCGACCGGUCUCCUGGUAACGCUCUUCCUCCUAGGCUACUGCUUCGGUCCUUUCUUCUGGGCACCACUCUCCGAAUUCUAUGGCCGACGAUGGGUUUUCUACAUCUCCUUCACCUUGUAUCUGGUCUUCAACUUUCUGUGCGCUUUUGCGCCGAACUUCGCUUCGUUGUUGGUAGGGAGGUUCCUCACAGGGACUUUUGCCUCGAGUCCGAUGUCCAACUCGCCAGGCGUACUGGCAGAUAUCUGGGGGCCAGUCGAGAGAGGAAAUGCCUUGGCGCUAUUCAGCGUGAUGACGUUCGUUGGUCCGUCACUCGGUCCCGUCGUCGCAGGCUUCUUAGAGCUGAAAGAAGACUGGAGGUGGAACUUCUACGUUUUGUUGUGGUUCGCGGGCGUCACUGAGCUUUUGAUGUUCACGAUCCCGGAAACGCUACCGUCGGUUGUCCUGCUGAAUAAAGCAAGACGGAUUCGGGGAGAGAAACUUGAGGGGUUUGAGCAUGUGAAGGCACCGGUUGAGGAAACGGAUCGAACGCUCGCGGGGUUGUAUAAGGUGGCGUUGACGAGGCCGUGGAAGAUUCUCGUGGAUCCUAUUUCUUUUGCCACGGCGGUGUAUUUGAGUGUUGUUUAUAUGUUGCUUUAUAUGUUGUUCACUAUUUAUCCGAUUGUUUUUCAGCAGAAGAGGGGGUGGAACUCUGGUGUCGGUCAACUACCUUUAAUCGGUGCUGUCAUUGGAGCCGUUCUGGGAGGCGCUCUUAUAUUCUGGAACUCGUCGAGGGAUAGGAAGAGGUUCGAAGCUGGGUAUCGAGGGAGAGCGGAGGAUCGCCUGCCUGUGGCGAUGAUUGGGGGUGUGCUGUUUCCAGUAACAAUUUUCUGGUUCGCCUGGACUGGCCAAUACAACAGCAUCCACUGGAUUGUCCCCACCCUCGCCGGCGUCUUCCUCUCAACCUCCAUCCUACUAGUUUUCGUCGCAUUCCUGAACUACCUUACCGAUACCUACCUCAUGUAUGCCGCCUCCGCGCUCGCCGCGAAUACUGUUUGCAGAUCGGCCUGCGCAGCCGCGGCUCCGCUCUUUACCCAGUAUAUGUUUGACGCGCUCGGGGUUGGAGGUGGUGGGAGUCUGAUUGCGGGCGUCGCGUGUUUGCUUGCUCCGAUCCCGUUUGUGUUCUAUCGGUAUGGUGAGCCGAUUAGGAGAAGAAGUAAAUUUGCUCCAACG